UUCCUCAUGUGAAUGUGGUUUUAAGGAGAUGACACAAACACACACAGAGUGCUAUUAGCAAGUCCCAGUACAGAAUAAAUACUCAUUUCAUAAAGUACGUGUUUAUUAUUACCAUAGGCCUACAGUCCCCAGUAUUCUUAAUCCAUCUUGCCUGAGAAGUAUCACACUCAUGCUUAUUAAUCAGCUCACACAUUUAAUCAAAGGAUUUUGGCAACUGUAGGGUGGUCUUUUCAUCCAUAUUGUCCCUGGAAUUAAGUGUCCUGCUAUACCCGUGCAGAUUCAGCAGCAUCUGUCAAGAGUUUCAAUCCCAUUUGCAGAGGAAAGGCUCUGCGGCUUCAGCCGGUGGCUCUCCGCAGGUGCUGUGACUGGACCCAGCCCAUCUUCAUCUCUGUUAGGCUUCGGGGUCUUUCUCCACACUGCCUUGUCCAAUCACAAGACUUCAACGGAGACGGCGGUCUGGCCUAGGCUCUUCUGAGUGGGAUAUCCGCAGGCCAAAAAUCGGAGUCAGGAUUCGAAGCCGCGCGCAGUGUCCGGAAUGACCCCUCAACGCCGAGGCCAGUAUAGAGCCCAGAAGGGAAAGUAAGCGGCCUCGGCCCCGCGCAGCCCAGGCUUAAAUGUUUGCGCCCGGGCCCCUCUGGCUACCUGGUGGUGGCCCUGAGCGGCCCCGGAGGCCGCGGCGUAGCUCCUGGGUGAAAGCGUCUUUGAAUCGCUCAGCGCGGCGGCCCAGGGAGCCCGCGGGCCCAGCCGCGAGGUCCCGCAGGCGGCGGGCCGCGUCUUGGCCCCGCAGCUGGGCCUGUAGCAGUGCGAAGGCUGUGAGCUGCGCCGCACGUCGGAUAGGCCACGACUCCGAUAGACGAUCCACUAGCUGUGGACUGUGCAGCAAGGCAGCCAGCAGCCGUCGGAGCACCAUCCUUUCCCGGCGCCCGAUACCCGAAGCGCGCCGCCCUCGCCUUCCGUCCCCUGCCUUCCGCCCCGCGGGGUCCGACCGGACACCUUUUGUGCCCGCGCAGCUUGAUGACGACUCUGUCGCCCGGAUUGGGUCCAAUAAGAUGCGCAUCUCCGCACGUUUCCGCUUCCGCCACGGCAGCCACCGCCUCGUGUCGGUAGUCGUCGCAUUGUCGUCCGCUCGUCUGCACUAUGUCGGGUGGCCUCCUGAAGGCGCUGCGCAGCGACUCCUACGUGGAGCUGAGCCAGUACCGGGACCAACACUUCCGGGUGAGGGAGGCCGGGACGCGAGAGGGGACGGCCCUGGGCCAGAACGCCGAGAAACGGGUGACAAUGAAGAACAAGAAAAAUUACUCAAGAAAAGCUGUACAUUAUAUGUUGGAAAUCUUUCUUUUUACACAACUGAAGAACAAAUCUAUGAACUCUUCAGCAAAAGUGGUGACAUAAAGAAAAUCAUUAUGGGUCUGGAUAAAAUGAAGAAAACAGCAUGUGGAUUCUGUUUUGUGGAAUAUUACUCACGAGCAGAUGCAGAAAAUGCCAUGCGGUACAUAAAUGGAACUCGUCUAGAUGACAGAAUCAUUCGCACAGACUGGGACGCAGGCUUUAAGGAGGGCAGGCAGUACGGCCGUGGGCGAUCUGGGGGCCAGGUACGGGAUGAGUAUCGGCAGGACUAUGAUGCUGGGAGAGGAGGCUAUGGAAAACUGGCACAGAAUCAGUGAGUGGUGAGAGCUCCAUCAGUGAAAAACACUCCUUUGGCCUGUUUAAUUUGUUGAAGAACAUCACUUAAAGUCUGCAUACAAGCUCAUUUUUACCAAGCUUUGAUCAGUGUCUUUACUGAGCUGAAGGCCUCUUCUUAAUUCUCCUCUGAAAGUUAUUAAAGGACAGAAUCCAAACGAAUCCCUUUUAUUCUUGUCUGAGAAUCUUGGCCAUGUGUCAGAUAUCAGAACAAUUUUGUUACCAGGUCAGAAACUGUGUUCUUUGACAACAGAUUGGAUCUAUAAUGUUGAUCAGUCUUUAGCCAAAACCACUAUACUUCUUUUAGGAAGACUAGAAAAAUUAAAAACAUUUGUUUUUACCAUAUUGAGUGUUAAGUAGGUUCGUGAUCUACAUAGGGGCCUGAAAUUAUUUUUUUAAUUUUAAGUUUGCAUGAGAUCAUGCCUAAUAAAUGGAGGUGGGGCCAGGCAUGGUGACUCACACCUGUAAUCCCAACACUUUAGAAGGCUGAAAGGAAGGAUAGCUGAGGCCAAGAGUUUGAGACCAGACUUGGCAACAUAGCAAGAUACCUUUGUCUACAAACAAAGCAAAACAUAAAACAAAUGGAGUUGUGCUAUGUUGUAUGGCUUUGAACUAAAUUAGGAACAGGUAUUUGACAACUGAAUUUGUUUUCGAUGAAUGUUAAUCUCUAAAGGCAAGCUUAGAGAUCAAGGACCUUCCUAAAUAGUUGGUGCAAAAGCAAUCUAUACAGGACAGCCUUGCUUCCAUGCUUUACACAUCAGGAAAUGAGGCCAGAACUUGAGUAUUUACUGACACAUUUUUCCAAAGAUGUCAAUGUUAUACCUAAAGCUAAAAGCAAGGGUUUGUCAUAGAACCUCUAUAUAAUUUCAAGGUUAGGGGAGACAUUGUCAGUAGGAAAUGGGAUAAAAUAUCAGAUGACAGUGAAAAUACUGCCUUGACAUGAGGACCAUCAAAUUUACCCUUUUCAUUUCCAGUGAUGUUAGGAAUGGAGUGAGUUUAAAAAAUGAUGUUGAAGUUAGAAUGUUUAAUAGAAACAAUCACAGAAGGUUCCUGUAGGAGAUGGUGCUUUUAGCCAUUUCUCAUGGUGAAGUCUUGUUUUAUUUUUUUCCUCAAAUUGUGCUUACUGAGGCUGAAGCCUUCAUAGUGAGCUGAUGGUCUCUACAGAGAAGGGGAGUCUAGGGAAUUUAUUUUGUAUUUGUAAGGCAAGAGGUGAUUUUUCUCGAAUACAUGUGAGUUAUUCAUUUAAAACUGUUAGUCUAGUAUAAUUUUCCCCGAUAUGAAAAAACGCAAAUUUUUUUCACUUAGCAACAGAGUACUCUCUAACUUCCAAUAGUUUGUGAAAGUUGGGGCUGAAGUACCUUAGUGUGAACAUCUCUCAUGUUACAGUGAGUAGAAAUCUGAAAGUGCUUAGGAAGAAACUUUGCAAACAUUUAAUGAGGAUACACUGUUCAUUUUAAAAAUUUGUUUAUAUUGUAGUUUAAGCUAAUGUAUUUUAUAUUCUUUUGUAGUAAAACUUAACUCAUAUUUCUACAGGAAACAGUGGUUUUAUUUGAAUUACCUUCUAUAUAACAGGUUUCAAUAAAGUUGGACAAACUUAC